AUGCUUGGCCUCUCCUCCCUUAAACCUCGUCUGCCGCAGGUGGAGGCCGCGCGGAAGGCGGUGCGCGCCGCGCAGGUAGAGCGGUACGGGCCCCAGCACGAUCGCCGCUGCUGGUGUCUGUGCUGCGCCCGGGAGGUGCGGAGGCACCUGAGCCACGGCAACGUGACGGUGCUGCACGGAGGCCUGCUGGAGCACCUGGCCAGCCCAGAGCACAAGAAAGCGACCAAUAGAUUCUGGUGGGAGAAUAAGGCUGAGGCCCGGAUGAAAGACAAGUUUCUGAUCUCUCCCCAGGACUAUGCAAGAUUCAAGAAAUCCAUGGUGCGAGCUUUGGAUUCUUAUGAGGAAAAAGAGGAUGAAGUGAUCAAAGAGAUGGCGGCUCAGAUCCGGGCGGUGGAGAACAGCCGGCAGGAGAUGGUUCAGGCCGCGUUAGAGCCUCAGGCCGUGCCAGACCCAGAGGAGGGCUCUUCGAUGCAUACAAGCUGGGAAGAGAGCCACAGACAAGCAUCUUCCAGUUCACAGCAGCCUUUAGCCUUGGGUCUGCCGCCAAUCCCAGAGCUGGACUGGAUGGAGGCGGGACAAGCCCUGACUUUCAUUAACCAUCAGGAGAUACCAGGCGUCGGCAAUAUCCAUUCGGGAGCCACGCCUCCCUGGAUGGUCCAAGAUGAAGAACAGGGCUCUGGGGACCAGCCAAUAGGACCCUCCUAUGAAGAGUUUCUUAAACAAAGUAAGUAAACCAAUUCGGGAAAGGCAGAGAAUGCAAACCUACCACUCU